UUGUAAACCAUUCCCAGAUUCCAAUCCACUUGCAGGGCUUCUCUGCUGCUUUCCAGUCUCAGACCUCAGAGCGAGCCCCCAGCCCAGGGAGCUGAAGGAGGGCACGGUCAAUUUCAGGAAGUCCAACAUGAGACCAGCAUCUCUCUUUCCCUUCGGCAGCCUCUUUGUUUUCUUCUGGCUGGUGGAGGGCAGAAUUAUCGGGGAAGAUGAAGCCGGUUUUGCUGAAUGUAACAAGUUCUUUUAUGAAGAGACCCCGCCUGAAGGACUGGCUGAGCCUUUCCACGUGAAAAUCUGUCAAAAAUACAAGGGCAAGGAGCGCUUUGCCACCCUGUACAGCACCCAAGAAAAGAUACCUGUUUACUCAGCUUUUCGAUAUGCUGUCUCUGGAGAGAGUAGGGAGCAGGGGUGGAUGAUCGAACCCCAGAUAGAUGACCCCAACAGCAAAUUUGGAGAAAUGAUUACUGAAGCAGAUGCUGUUAACUCUGUAGACAAUCUUGGAAGCAAACAAGCCCUAAGUACUGAUUACCUGGAUUCUGAUUACCAAAAAGGACAAUUGUACGUCAGUUCCCUUAACAGUGAUGAUUUCCAGGUGGCAACGUACACCCUCACGAAUGCCGCACCUAUGACCCAAUCAUUAAGGGAAAGGUGGUACAUGAAUGUGAAUAGCCUAAUGGAUCUUGCCUUGGCCCCAUACUGUGGGAAUGGGGAUGACCUGUAUGUCAUUGCAGGAGCAGUGCCCUCAGACCGCAGAGUUAAGGACAAAGUAUCUGUCCCUGACUUUGUUUGGUUGGCUGCUUGCUGUGCUGCUCCUGGAGGGUGGUCUAUGGGAUUCAUCAAGCAUAUGAGGGAUGGGGAUAUCAUAGAAGAUAUGAUGGUGAAGGAUCUUGAAAAGCUGCUCCCAUCUGGGACUCAGCUGUUCCAAAACAAUUGUGGGGAAGCAGACCAAGACACAGAGAAAAUGAAAAAAAUAUUAGAGAUGGUUAACCAUGUGCAGGAUGAAGAGAGGAUGGUCCAGGCUAAGUCAAGUUCUAGCCAAUUAUCCAGUUCUCAGAACAAACGGUCUGCUCGGUCAUUGCCAGAGGAAGCCGAUGAGAGCGGCUUGCUCAGAACAAUUGGCGGCAUUGUCGCUACCCCUUUUGUCAAGCUUUUCCAAUUAAUAUACUACCUCGUGGUUGGAAUCCUGAAAAAUGUUCUCUAUUGCCUGUGGUACAUUACCAAGCAAUUUAUAGGUAUUCUGGAAAAUGGAGUCGAUAGGAUGUGUUCAGCAACAGUGUCAUACUUCAUGGCCAUUGGGGAAGAACUGGUGAGCAUUCCCUGGAAAGUGGUCAAGGUCAUUGUCAAAAUCAUCAGGGCCCUUCUACGAAUCCUCUGCUGCCUGCUAAAAACCACUUGCCGAAUUCUGAGUAUCCCCAUCAGAGUCCUUGUGGACAUUGUCAGUUUCCCCAUGUACACAGUUUGUGCCAUCCCAACUGUCCUUAAAGAUAUUGCUGUGGGCCUGGGGGGCACUUUCUAUCUCCUCCUGGACACUGCCUUUGGCACUAUUGGCAGCCUGUUUCACGUACUUUUUAGUGUCUGUAAACAGAUUGGCUUUAAGGUAUCUUAUGACAACUCUGGGGAGUUGUAGAAGGAAAAAUGGACCAGGAGAAUCCAUCCACGGGGAUUUUGACUUUUUGUAAGAGAGAGUCAGAGUGAUUCCUGUUUUCAACAUGUGGCUUCCUGCUCUUAAUUCACAUGGCAUUUUGGGCACUGAUAAUAUUGCGAAUUCACUUAGAGGUUAAGGGGAAACUGCCUGUGUUUGCAAAGAAAUGACAGUAUGAUUUAGAAUUUUCUGCUAGCAAAGUGACGAGGGCUGAAAGUUGAGGGUUAACUAAUCUCAUAUGGCUCUACAGUCUAGUUUGGUCAGGUGGUCAGCUUUUUCUAAGCCAUAAACACUUUCAGUUCUUCACUAUUAAUAAAGUAGGGAAAUGGCUGCCAUUUUCUCAGAAAGUGGCCUACACCCUAAGAGAUGUCUGUCUGCUGGUGAUAGUUGAGAGUUAGGGAGAGUAGAAUGUUCAUCCAAAGUGUUUUCUGAAAACUGGGAAAAGGGUUCUUCUCCUUGAUGUUUGGUUCUUCUCAUCUAAUCUAAUUGAACCCGAUGAGGUCGGAUUAAAAAGCCCACUAUUGAUGUU